GCGGUCCUACCUGCCUAAGCUCUUGGGAGUUAGCGUGGGCUGUUACCAAGCACCAUGGCUUGUUGUAGUGUUUUAGAAUCUCAGGUUCAAGUGUUGAAGAAGGAGAUUCUACUUCUUCAAGAGGAAAAUAGGAGGCUGAAGCUUCGCACAGAUGAGUUUGGGAACGAGUGUGAGAAGGAUUUAGCUGGUAAGGAAGGAAUGGUCGCCAGCAGUGAUAUUGGCAGCCGCUCUAAGUGGCAAGUGGUUCACAAUUCAGGAAGAAGGAAGAUGAGGAGAGUUAUCAGAGAAGAUGUGAAGGAACGCCAGCUGAAGAAAAGUAGGUCAAAAAAUAAAGGAAAAGAACGGCGAGCUGCUCAAAAGGCAGAGAGGGCAAGGAUUGCGGCAGCUCAACUUCUUGUCAAACAGGCAAAUUCAAUACCAGAGCCACUAUCAAAAUUCCCAAUUUUUCACAAGUAUGAACGUAAUGGACUGAGUUGCCGGCUAAUAUGUAAGAGAGUCAAAGAUGUGGACCCAGACAUGCUGGAGUGGGCAAUAGAUUUAUGUAAGAGAACCAUGCAACCAAUGUAUGAGAAGAGCACCCAAGGAUGGCACGAAAAUGAGAAGAGAGAAGAAAUGACAGAAGAUGCUGCUUGGUACCUCAUUGCUGUUGACACAGUGACAGAGAAACCCGUGGCUUUCUCUCAUUUCCGCUUUGACAUGGACUAUGGACAUGAAGUUUUAUAUUGCUAUGAGCUGCAUCUAGAGGUGGAAUGUCGCAACAAGGGCCUUGGGAAGUUCAUGAUGCAAGUCCUGGAGCUGAUGGCAUUUUCAAAUCAAAUGCACAAGGUAGUGCUGACCGUAUUCAAACACAACCCUGAUGGCAUGGCUUUCUUCACAAAAUGCAGGUAUGAAAUUGACGAGACCUCGCCAGAAGACACUUACGAAGAAACUUUUGACUACAAUAUUCUCAGCAAGUUAAACAAGAUGAAACCUACACAGAAGACUUCCCUCUGAUUUUAUGAAGUAUUUUAUAAUCAAUUACAAAGCACAUCUGGACUGUUCCUUUAUAGUUGCCAAAUUUUUUUUCUUUAAAAGAGUCAGAUGUAGCAGUGUGGUUUUAAUUUAAGUAUCAAUUCAUUUCAUUUUCAUUUUUGCUAAUUGGUGUGGUGUUAUUGAAACAUUCCAGAAUAAGAUGAUUUUUUUUUUAUUUUUUAUUUUUUUUUUUUUAGCAGAUUUUAGGGUAAGCUUUUUCUUACACUUAAUCACUCCUAAACUUGUGAAAAUAAAAUAAGUGAUUAAAAUGCAAUAAAUAUAUAGGGAGGUUAUGAACAUUUGCAGUAUUUAAGAAAGGCCAAAUAAAUAUUUAAGCAGCAAAGUCUUUUCUAGUCCUUUA